AGGUUAUCGUACGAUAGUCUCCGGGAGCAAAGUAAAGAGGAAAAAGAAGAAGAAAAAACUAAAUUCGUAGACGUUCCAGUGAGUCUGAAGGGUCAUGUAAUUGGAAAGGGUGGCCAUAAGCUGCAUGAAAUUAUGGAGACAACUGGAACAAGAUUAGUUUCCCAAAGCAAGGAGGAAGCUGGAUUUACAAUCUUUGGGGAUGAAGAACAAAUUGCACAUGCUGAAAGGCUUAUCAAGGAAAUAGUGGUAAAAUGUUAAACCCAUAGUUAUAGUACAGGAAGUAGUUUUCACAGUACACUUAAGAGCCUGGAUUAAACUUAUCGUCAGCAAGUAUACUCUGUGCAACGUUGUGCCACCUUCAAUGACUUCUUAAUAUAAAUCUGUGGAAAAAUAUUUUGAUCAUUUUCGCAUUCUCAAUUGACCUUUUAUUUAUAGUGACUAAAAACGAAUCACAAAUAAAUAAAUAGUGGUGCAGUUAGUGUACUGAGUUUGGUUUGUUUAAUUCAUAAUUUAUUUUAAUUUAUUCUCUUCUUUGGUGUUUCAUUGUAAAUUUGUGGUUUUUGUGAGUGGUUAAAAAUAGGAGUUAAGACUUAAGAAAUAGAAAGAAUUUUUCUCAUGUAGGACAAAAAACCGGGGGGAGUACACCUGGGAAUUCUCGGUGGGGGUGUGCCGCACGGUUCUUAAAUCCUGACCCGAUUUCAGACCAAAAAAUGUAAUUUUCCACACCCGUUUUCAGACUAGAACUUUAAAAUCCAUACCCGUUUUCAGACCUGGCCUUUAGGCAGAAAUUAUGUUAUCAUUACUUAGAUUAGAGCGCAAACAAAAAAACACAACCAAGAAUUCCCAGGAGUACCCCCCGGAGCUUUUCGUUCGGAGAAGAAAGGCUAUCCGGUAUAUUAUGAUCAACACCUAGCCGAGAUGCACAGUGUGAACAGAAGCCUUAUCUGGUAUGGUUUAAGGACCGGCGCAAAAGCUAUCGAGCAUAUUAUGAACAUGGCCUGACCUGUGUAGAUUGAGUGGACUAAUUCCUCUCAUGUUUUUUGUGCAGGAUAGUGCCAAAAGAAGAAGGCGGGAACUAAUAAAGGUUGAAGACGAUUUCAAGGGUAUAGUAAAUGGAAAGGAGGCGGAUAAACUCCGACACAUUUCCGCUCAGUCAGGAGCAAGAGUAAUCUUAGAUCCUGAAGAUCUAGAAAUUUACAUAAUCUCUGGAACAGAAGAAGAAAGGGAGUAUGCUAAAGUGCUGAUUGGAGAAAUAGUGGUAGGUAAAAGUUCUCUUUCCUUGGAAUGAAUUCUAAAUGUAGAUCUACGCAUCGUGCUUCACAACUACAAAAAUAGGAUCCGUUAAGUUUUUGAGAAUGGGGACACACAUACACAGAAUUCAUCAACCCAUCAUCAAUUAUAGUAGACGGGAAACUUUUAAGAAAGCCAUCUUGCUUCUCAAUAACUACCGCAAUCCGUCGAACUAUGAAGUCCAAUUAUGGCCGUUCAAAUUCUAGACCAUCAAAUCGUCAUGACAGUCCAAUCCGUUUUUGUUUUUGAGUAAAUCAGAAGUAAACUUAGAUCUCCUUUUUACUUUUCGUGAAGACAUAACCUUAAUUCUCAAAAGUUAAAAAAUAUUUCAUCAAACUGUUUAGAAUUCGAAUGCUCAUUAUCGUUAUUGGACGCUUCCUCGUUAAUACGACCACAAAUGUGGAUGUAUCGACCAGGUUCCACUGUCUGAUGUAGGAUAUGAAUGCCUUCAAAAUACACAAAAUGCUGCCUCUAGCAAGUUUAGUAUUUCCAAAUUCUCCGGAGGGAGCGUAACUGCGGAACUACUUCGAGCAGGCGUUCAGACAGUGGAGAGUGACUCAACAUGGCGAGCAGAGAGAAAAGGGAACACGCGAAAUUCAACCUCGGACAAUCCAAUUUUUCAAAUUUCUUCAGGGGAGCAUCCUCGCUUUAUUUUCCUACUUAAUUCUCUUUGGGUCGUGCCCGUCCUCUAUCUGAAUGCCUGGAAUUAGCCUCCCACGAAGACGUUCUUAGGGGUUCGUCACGCGUUCCUAAGCUACUUACAUGUCAGACACUUUGAUUCUUUUCAGGGCGAGGUGCCUGGGGAAUAAAAGUGGGGAGAGGGGCGUGCAGAAAUUUACUGCUAUCUAAGGGUGGCCAGAAACUUUAUCUCAAUCUUCGGAUCUUAAUUACCGUAUGUGUUUUGGCUUUUGUUGAAGGCUUUUGCAAGAGUGAGAGGUGUUGCACGACAAAAAACGAAAGCCAGUUGCUACGUCGAUGACUAUAAUCUCAAGGUACCUAAGCUGAAACUGGAACAGGUGCUGAAAAAUGGCCAUCCAACCGGACCGCCCGUACAAUACCGACUGAAACCAGCCGAGCAAUGUGAACCACAGGUGUGUCAUACAAUUCAUUAUUACAGCAAGAUCGCUCCUUUCCUCUGCUCUCCAUUCCUAGGUUGCCUCUUCCAAUUCUUUCUUACUCUUGAAGUGAGAGUUUUGUUUAUAAAUAUUCAUUUCAAGUUUUAGCAUGCAUAUUUGAAAUUUUUACCAGAUUUAAAAAAUCUGCUUUUCUAAAGUAGACUCGAAGGCAGUGUCAUCUUGGAUGCUGUUUGGCUGACACCACAUGUUUUUGAAGCUUUCCACCCAGAGUUUGCAUAGUGAAGUUAAAAAAUAAGCAAGGUUAUUACUUCCUUCUUCUCACUUAGGAAAGUUGCAGCUUUAAUAUCGGUCUUCCAAGCUAUGAGGAACAACUUAUGAAGGACGUCUUGGUGUCCUUACGUAAGAUCAAACAGGAAAUGGCUGUAGAGAUGAUGCCAAAGGCGGACAUGUGGUGUCACUUUGGAAAGAUUACAAUUCAAGUUCCAGAUCGAGGUAGUGUAUUUUUUAGUUUUACUACAAAUUAUUAGCUAAAUUCGCCCUAAUUACUUUAUGUAGUUUUAUGUAGGGCUUGUGUAUAUGUUGGUUGUUGACAUCAAUCCAAAGAUCGCUUUCUUUCAUUUUUCCUUCAGAGGAUGUUCGAGAUGGACGGUGGAGCAUUAGAGAGGCCACAGAAAAGAUUAAAUACUCUAACAGUAAACAUUACUGGAAGCUAGCUUUUAAUUUGGAAGGGGUUACGCCAAAUGAAACAGCAUUAAGAACACAGUACAAAGAAACCUGUCCUGAGGAGAUAGGUUAUGUUACAAGAUAUGAUUUAACAUUUCUGACACCAUGCUGGCAUCAAUUGAGAUGCAAGGUAAGUCCGCGUGCUGACAAUCCUGAGUCCUGUGCCUAUGACCGGCAAGACCCUCUUAUUGACUUCCCUGUAACAGUAAUUGGUAAUAUGUAUUUUUAUGAAUAGAUACACAAACCUGUACGGGUAUGUUAAGAAAUAAAUACCUCAGGAAAUUGAUCCUGCCCACCCACAAGUCAUGACUGCACUUUCCCGAGAUAAAUUUACUAAAAGGUAUUUCCAUAGAUACGUAAAAACAAAAAAAGAGACAGCGCCCUUGACACUUAAUGUGGUAAAUAGCUAAAAUGUUACUCUGAAGCAGGUUUUGUAUGCACUAUUUCGGGAAUGAUCAAUGUUCAUAUGUCAGAUUUCACAAUAUAAGCCAUCCUUUUUAACGUAGGUAUGGGUUGCAAAUAAGAACUCCAAGCAAUCGCUGGAAGGCAUACCAAUUCCUUUUGAUGUGAAGAACAUUUUGGGAGAGAUACACUUCAAAGAUGAAGAUACACGGUCAAGAUGUCGGGGAUGGCUAGUGCUCAAGUCUCUGAAAUACUUUAGAGCAGACAUCUUGUUUCCAGGCUGUGAAUUUGAUUGCAGGUUUCACAUCCGGGGACGAAGAGGUAGGAUAAGUAGGCGGUGUAGCGGUGUAAGAAUAAGCUCAAAGUAAAAAUAAUGCGACGAUACCCAACUCUUGAAAAUGAGACUGUAAGCAUUAAAAAUAGGGGGUUUGUUUUCCGUAGAACUUUGGCUGACUAUCAAAACUGUUUUAUGAACAUUCUUAAAGAAGAUGGUGAUGUAAUAGGCUUCCGAGUUCCAAAAACCCUCACUUUCAAAAUGAGACCAAGUGCUCAACCUUUCUUGUGGAAAUGAAUUUUCUUUGCAUGAGAAUGAAAAAUCAUUUCCGUAUCAAAGGCUGAGCACUUAACCUCGUUUUGAUACAGAGGCCCGGGCGAACUCGGAAAUGGCGUAUUGAAAUGACAAUUUGCAAACAAAAGCAGAGUGAGACGUUAUGUCAAGGUAUAAUGUCGAUACAAAAUGCUUGUCAUCCGGCUCGUGACAACUUUAAAACCGCUCUUUCAAGAGCCAAUCAGGAGUGUUCGUAUGCAUUCCCACUUUCAAUUCUCUUUUCAUCUCUUAGUAGUUGUAACCCGUCGUUUUUUAGAACAGUACCUGAAAUUUCUUUAAGCUAAGUUAAAUGGCAGAGCCCCGUGUGAUAAUCUUUUAGUCUCUCGAACUCUUUCAUUUUUUGUAGAAAUAACUUUAUUACUAGAGUCCACGCCUUGAACAUCGCUUUCUUCUCAACGAGGCAACCUUCAUUAAAUGGCGUGGUGUGUGGGUAGAACAGUUGCUAAAACUAUGCGAGUUGACCUCCACGGAUUGCACGGAUGGGAACUAAUAUAAUGAUCUUUCCAAGCUAUAUUCCUUGGUCGUAACUUAGGCGAUUGAGGACCUAUAUACCUUUUUUUUGUACAACAACUACAAUCUGCCUCAGAUUUGUUUACGUGUAUGCCAGACACCGCCGACAUAGUUAAAUGCGUGUUUGCACCCUUACGAAAUACCUUAAGAUGUUCAGGAGCAACUAAACUUUAUCAUCUUUUGGCGUCAGAGAGGCCUUUAAAAUACCAAGCAGAGCUUUUUCGUCCGUAAUGGUGUUCACCUGUAUAAGCUGGAGCGUUAUAAGUUUUACUGCAUUCUAUGAGAGGCCGUUGUAAAGUUUUGCAAUCCUGGGCGAACGCUCCGCAUAAGUUUUUUACCGGUAAUAAUUUUCUGUUAACCCAUUUCCUAUUUACCUAUCGUUUUUAUACUUCACACCAGGCCACGUUUGUUAUCGCGGUUUGUUAUCUAUACGAAUUGCUAUGAAGAGGGUAAUCAUUUCAUCCUUUCAAGACCCUUAAUGUAGUAUUUUCUAUUCACAGAUAGCACUCAGGACAUGGACUAUGCACCAGACGAAAACAUCCAAGAUGCUCUGUUGACCUACCUGUCUGAGUUGACAUUGACGGAUGAAGAGCCGAUGGGACUGCAUCUUCCGAACGGGGGCGAAUUUCAUAUUAUACAUUGGCGUCGUUCUAAACGAACAGAGUACACUGCAAGUACAGGUUUUAGCAUCAUCCUCUCUAAAGAACGUGCGUGGAACAUAGGAAAUAAAGACGUCAGAGAAACGGUCAGCAUACAAGGCCUGUUAAGUCACUUUUUAAUAGAAUACAAAUUUCAGAACUCAAAGCAACACUUUGAAGCAAAAUCAAAUAUUUCCUUGAAAUCGCUCAAACUUCAUCAGCGAUGUAAAAUGUCAGGUUACUUAAGAGAUAGGUUGUUACGUAUUCCUCGAAUACUAAAAUUUUGUGUUCGCCAGAGCAGAAGAAAAACUUUUUUGGUAACUGUAAAGUCAUCUUUUUAAGGUUUUAGAACCAUCAAGAUAUCGCCAUUUUCGCUUUAUACUGUCGAAAAGUGUCGUUCCUGGAGAGCAUAUAUCCUUACCGUGUCGAUAACUAAGCAUUCGAAGCCAAGUACAAAAACUUUACCUUGGUUAAUAUCAAGCUUGGCAUAGCGAUUGAGUCAUUAUGAGCAAAAUGCAUUUAAGCAUUGACCGUUUGAUAUUAUCUACAAUCACCCUAUGUUUAUAUUCAGAUGUGAAGCUUUUACCUGAACGACUCUCUCUUUCCAUUGCUGCUCAAUAGACUGACGUCCAUGUGCGCUACAAAGAGUGGGACACUUUACUUAGCAGCGGAUUAUGGGAACCAGAGGCCAUAACUGAGAAGCUGCCUGAAUUUCUAGAAUUUCUAAAGGAAGCGGAAGCCUUCUUGUUUCAUGACAAGGGUAAGUAGUUUUAUUUUGUUGAUCAUUGUGUCUUUUCUUUAGAAUUAUUUGCUGAUUUUCAUGCUCGUUGAAUGUGCAAAGACAUGUUUUAAUUUGGAAAUAUAGGUGUGAGUUAGUGACCGACAGUCUGUGACACUAGAGUGAGUUGAGAAAUACAACGUUGUUUUCCCCUCUACUUUAACUUUUUAUCUUCUCAAAUCUUCGGAAGCAACACCCAUGGACUAGAAAACUGAGGUUGUGAAACAUUUGUUGUUACAUUAUAGUUCCUCCAGAGAUUCUUGCGCGGGGUUCGUCCGCCGUGGAAGCUUAUGAAAAGGCUCUCACUCAUGGAAAAACGUCUGACAGAAGGUUUCCAUUGAUGCUCAUUGGACAACACCGAGCAGGAAAGACCAGUUUAAUGAAGUCGCUAAAAGGGAUAUGCUAUGACCCACAAGAAGAUAGCACCGUUGGCAUAGAAAUGGAUCCUUCCUAUUUUAAACUGACCACAGAGCCUUGGGUAACAGGAAAGAGCAGCGAGGACCAAACGUCUGAAACUACAGCAAAUUCCUAUGGGCUUCUCGCAGCCAGAUACAUCAUGGAUAGCGUAAAGCCGACCGAAAUUGUAACUAAAAGUGAAGAGGAGGUUCAUGUUACAGAAGAAAGUUUUGAACCCGGUGGCAACGAAAUCUCACAUGAAUCAACACCAAAUGAUCCUGCGAAAAAUGCGGACAUCAUUCAGGCACCUAAUCCCACUCUUAGAAGUCACGAAUUCGGCGUAUUACCGUCUUCAACAAACUUAAAUCCGAGACCAGUUACUCACGAAUCUAUUAAAGACAUGCCCGAGUUCGAAGAAGUAGCAGAAGUGACUGAAUCAUUGCUUCGUGGCGAUUUGGAGGACAACAGAGACGACGUGUGUUCUAAUUUUUGGGAUUUUGCAGGACAGUCGGUUUAUUAUGACACACACCCACUGUUUCUGACAUCACGAGCAAUUUACUGCUUGGUGUAUGACCUAAGCUUAGAUCCAUAUGGCAAAGCUGAGCCUUUGGAGAAACAAGGUGUAUACGAAGCAAUACAAGACAGCGCAAAUCUGAGAACUAAUAUAGAUUAUCUCAACUUCUGGAUGAUGUCUGUGGCUUCGUUAACUUGUAGCCACGAAGAAUGUUGCUCAUCAGAUGUGUUGCCAAAGAAACUUCCAGCCGUUUUCCUGGUAUGCACUCAUGCUGAUAAACCAUUCAGCGGUCAAGACCCUAGAAAAUUAUCUCGUAAAAUUUUUGGUUAUCUGAAGAAAAAACCGUACGGUGACCAUUUGUGUGAUGUAUUCUUUGUAGAUAACACAAGUCUGAGGGUCAAAUCCUCUGACUGCCCAGAAGUCACACGAUUGCGACAGAAAGUACUUGAAAAGGCUAAAGAACUUCCGCACAUCAAGGCAACCAUUCCACUGAAGUGGUUGAGAUUUGAGAAGGCGCUUCAAGCUGUGAAGAAAAAGGGAUAUAAAUGCAUUUCCCUGGAAGCGGCGAAAGAUAUCGCCUCGAAGGUCUGCAAAGUCAACGACGAGAACGAGUUCAAGACCUUGAUGAACUACCUGCAUGAUCUAAGGUGCUUAAUCCAUUUUGAUCACACCGCCGAGCUGAAAAAAAUCAUAAUAUUAAAUCCUCAGUGGCUAAUUGACGUUUUUAAACAGGUGAUCACUGUCAAGCCAUAUGAUGCUGAUGAAGAGAAAUUCUUGGAUUCAUGGCUUAAGCUUGAGAGGGAAGGAAUUCUGGAUGAAGAUCUCCUAGCACAUGUUUGGGGUCCUUUGUUUAACGAGAAAGAAACAUGUGCCACUCUCAUUAAAAUAAUGGAGAAAUUUUGCCUGUUGUGCUCCUGGCCAUCUGAUACAAUAAGCAACAAGAGCUACCUAGUCCCUUCAAUGUUAAAGUCGCCCCCACCGAAGCAGAUCACUGAGUUGGCUGCCUCUGCAAAGUUUCCUUCUUUGUUUAUCAAGUUCAAGGGCGGUUUAGUCCCUGCAGGGCUUUUCCCGCGGCUAGUACUGCAGUUAUUUCAGUGGGGCAAAGACAGGUUGUGGAGAGAUGAUAACCCUCAUUUGUUCAAUGGCUUUGCCAGGUUUUUCACCACUAAAGAUGACUACUCCGUUAUUUUGAUUUGCAACUCGUCAACAGUUGAGAUUGUAAUGCACAGAGGAAAUCACAACCUAGAAUUGGCUGAGGAUGCAUCAUCAAAGAUAUCACCAUCUCUACAUGGUCACCAAGACACCACUGGGGUUAACUGUUGUUAUGUUGUGAAAAAGCAAUUGGGUUUGAUACUUGAGUGCAUGCGUAAUGAGUUUUGUUGGUUAAAAAAUAUGAAAUAUAAAAUGAGUGUUUUAUGUCCAGUUUGCUGCAAGCGAGGAUCGGUUGCCUACUGUCGAACACAUCAGAGAGAAGGUUGCGAAGAAGAGCAAUGCCUUCACUUCCUGUCCCUUACCGAGUUGUACCGUUCUAAACAAGUCUUUUGUACCAGAUCUGCGUUAACUAAGAAUCCCACAGUUCCAGUCAUGCAGUUUGCACCUUGGCUUCCCUUUAAAGAACAACUGGUAAGAUGUAAGAUAUUAUUACGGUGA